CAGGCACGGGCCACCACUACAUGGCCGACGUCCUCGAGGACGUAUGCAAGAAAGACAAGGUGCGGUGCCCCAAGCUGUGCGUGAUGGCCAAGGUACUCUACCCGGAGCUGUCUCUCCCCGAGAGCAGAAACGCGUACUGGGACGCGCGGAAACGCUUGCGGGAAGAGAUGGAGAAACUGGCCGCUUUUCCGGAGGAGAGCCUUGCCGAGGGCGAGUCGACUGUCGUCAGCUUCGGGGCCUGCCGCUUCCAGGGGACGGGGAUGAUGUCCUACCCGAACUUCAACGGCGACGAAAAGGCCCUCCAGUACGUGGACUUUCGGCUGGUGGCGGAGGAGGCCGAGAGAGCUGGCGUGGACAUGCGGUUCGUGUACCUCGCCCGAUCGGCGGCGGACAUCCUCACCUCGGACAGCGUGCACCACAACUACGGGGGGUCGUUUAUCCGAGAGUCCCGAAUCCUCCUCAACAACUUGGCGGUUGUCCACUCCACCUUCCAAGAACUGGACCCGGCCUUCACCACCUGCUUCCGGUACGGGGAAAUGGCCGACCCGGCGCAGGCCGCCCGCGUGGCCGGCUUCCUUGCUCCGAACAACCGCACGGCGGAGAAGCUGGCCGACCAGAUGCUCUCCCACGUCAAGAUCAAGUCGCCGCCAGAAUCGGGCAACAAGCAGUCGUGGGGCGAGGGCGGCAAGCGACUAAGACACCCGGAGGACGUGGACCCGCCGAAGGCAGCCGUGGUAACACGACUCCAGCAGAGGUUAGACAUGGUGGAGAAAGACGUGUGCUCUACGAAAAACAGAUGAUGCCGGGGUGGUUGGGUGUAGCUCAAGAAGGUUGCUGGUGUAAGAUCAACGGGGACUAGGCUGACGCCUCUUGCUGCGUGCUUGUAUGUCGCUGCUGUUCCUACCUCUGCUGUUUCUACCUGUAGUUUCGCGAGGAUUGUUUUGGUUGGGGCUACGGAUUCGGGUUGGGGAUUAGGUUGCUUUUUUCGACGUCCGUUGUUUGCACGGGGUCUCUGUAUCGCUCGCGGUGCGUAAGCCCUUUCGGCGACGUUUUGCACGUGAAGGGGUCGAUGCCCGCGACAAGAGCGACUGCCACCCGUUGAGUCGCCGCGGUUGGUUUCGCGGCACUCGCUUACGCGUCUAGAAGCGUCGAGAAGGGACGACGUGUACCGCUUACGUUAUCUGUGCGUUUGGGAAUGCUGCGGGAGAGUCCGCUAAGUGUCUGCCUACGCUUUCCACACGGUGGCACCAGCUGUUUGGACCGUUGCGUGUUGUUUGUACAGUUUACCGCGGAACAUGGUGUACACGUCAAGAGGAACCGAAGCCCCCUUGAGUGUGGAUCGGCAAGUCUUCGUCUGUUAUCUCGUAUGGGCGUGAGGCGUUUUUUCUGUGGGCCUUCUACGGAGCUGGAGGGGGGCCCGUGCUUGUGAGUGUCGUUUUUUAUAUCAAAUGCGUUCGUUUCUUGUGUUUGCACUUUUACCUCGACAGCGUUGAGCCGUACACCUCUUGUACCUGUAGACUUAACGUUGUAACGACCGCUGUGUGUCUUGUGCGGAAGUCGAGCUUGCCGCAUCGAAGCGCAUGCGCGCCGUAUCAGAGCAACCUCUUGUCUAGACAACUCAAGCAUCCCGGAAGUUGGGUCAAAUGAUGAGAUGGGAAUCUCUUUGAAUCAUUUAUUCUGUAUGGAGACUGUAAGGUGCGGUGUUGACAGAAUAAAAGCCGCGUGAUGUGUGUUGGUUCCCUUGUCGCGGGACUGUUAUUUUCUUGUGGUCUUGUUGGUGUCAUGUAUGUUCGCUGUGGUGAGGUGUGACAUCUGCUGUCGGUUGCGCGGUUUUGGCUUGAAUCACCCUUCUCUCCCACACGCCUUGCCCGGUAGAUAAGCGAGCGAUGGGGUGGGUGGGUAGGCGAUACAUUCAGUGUUCGCAGUCUGGAAAAGUGUGCUUUGACGGAAUGAUCCGUUCGUCGGUUGUGUUUUUUUGUAGAAUGCUGUGCGGAAGACGGAACAUGUCCUCCAUCCGGUGAGAUCUCCUCGUGGUUUGCUGCCGCCCGUGGUUUCACACUGUAACGACUGGAUGAUGCCUG